AUGACAGCUAUUUCCGAGACCUUAUCAUACACCAAACAUGCAUUCGAAACUUGUCAUCUUCCAGCUUUAUCUUCAGACGAAGAACCUGCGUUAAAAAACGUUCUGAGUGCCAAACUAUGCUCAAAUCUCGACGUCUUGCGGAAAUCAGUGGUGAACAGCAAGAUCGAAGGUAAAGAGCAUGAGAGAGAUGCUGACAGCAAAGGGGAUUUUGCAAGAUUCCAGGAUCAGUUCGCUGAUAUACAAUAUACUGUUUCCAUGGUUCAUCAUUCUUCAAUGUCAGCCUUGAAAGAACAAUACGCUAAGCACAUGGAGUCUCAAAAACCUCAUCGUUUUAGUGUGGAUUUCGAUCAAGAAAUCAAUUCAAGCCCUGAAACGCAGAUACAGAUUGAAGAUGUGGCGUCUGAAUCGAAGAAUGAUGAUCAGGAUGACGAGAAACUGGCAGAACUACGAAAUCGUUUAUUGGGUAAACAUCAGAAUCAUACCGGGGACACAUCUGAGCCAGGCAGCUCAAUGGAAAAGCAAAUUCAAGUACAGAAUAAUAUUCAGGAAGAGCUUCUCAGCGACAUGUCGCAGCUUGUGUCUGGUCUCAAACAGGGUGCUGAAGCAUUCCAAGCUGCAUUGGAUGAUGAUUCAACAGUUUUGAAAGCCACUGAACUCGGACUGCAGGCAACUUCACGUAGCCUAAUCGACCUUGGUGGGAAGCUGAAAAAAUAUCAUAAUUCCAAAGUGGGGAUUCUAUUCUAUUUGACAUGUCUCUUAUUCAUGUUCAUCAGUCUGCUCGUUACAUAUCUCAUCAUCAAGAUAUUCCCCAAGAUGUGA